AUGGCGGUACCUCAGCCCUGCCUGCAGCUCCCCAAAGCCGGCAGUGCCAUUUUCCUCACAGCCUCUUCCUGCCCCCGAAACCCUCGGCCAGCGGAUGGGACAACACCGAUGCCGCCACAACCGGGACACCGAUGCCGCCACAACCGGGACACCGAUGCCAGCAUCUCUUGGAGACCAUUUCAGGGUUUUUUUUUUUUAAGAAAGUUGGUACGAAUCCGUCAGAUUGAAGGAGCGGGGGAGAAGAUGGCGAGACGCGCCUCCGUGGUUGAGUGUUUACCACGUAACGUCUACUAUGAAGAGGAAUCUCCAAUGAGAGUUUUGCACGACCUACACUGCGAAAUCAGGGCUCUGAAGGAAGAUGCUAAUGCUGCUCUUGGCAAGAGUUCCUCUGAAAGGCAAGAAAUUAAUGACUUUAUGAAGGCAAGUGAGAUAUUGAUGCAAAGAAAUGCAGUGGAUCUUGGAAAAAUAAGAGAGCUAUUCCAGCAGUACGGCUACAAACCACACGUCGAAGUCCCUACAGAGGAGCAGGAGGAGGAGGCGAAUGGUGAUUCAAAGGCAUCUGACCAGAGUAAAUCUGAUCAGGAAGAAGCAGAUGAUGUACCUCCUCUUCCUGCCUGUGCUGAGAACCUUCCUGUGCCCAGGGACCCGCUGUGGAACCCCCAGCUUUCUGAUUUUGGCCUAUCACAGUAUGCUUUCUCCAGGCCUUGGAGUGCAUUACAAGGACAACAACGUGCAGCAAGUGCCAGUCAAGAAAAUGCAAAGCACAAAACCCCCCCAAAAACGCAGACCCCCUGUGUUCUGCCCAAAACACCCAAAUGCAUGCUAAAGAUGGAUGACUUUGAGUGCGUAACACCAAAACUGGAACACUUUGGCAUUAGUGAACACACCAUGUGUAUGAAUGAAGACUACACCAUGGCACUUAUUCAUAAAACUGCUCAGUCAAACAACGUAGUUAAAAAAGGUGAUGGUGAAGUGAACGUAGCAAAAAUGCCACCCAGGGAAAUGGCAGUUACUCCUCAGCCAAAAACAAAAGCAACAGAUGAGAACGCAGCUGACUGUAUGGCUUCUCCCAUGAUACCUGUGUUCUGCACACCUGGUGUGAAAAUCCCUUCCCGAGCAGACAGUACAGCGCUAGCCAACUCACCAGAAAAAGACAAACUGCCUCUUCCCAGCCAUGCAGCAACGCCGCCACCUCCGGAUUUUGAAGCCAGAUGGAUGAAAAGAGAACUUAUGGAGAUGCAAGAGGAGAAGAUCAUGUUGGUGACGGAAAACAAUGCAACAGAGAAACAAAACAUAGAAGACAGCAUUCCUUCUGCUGUGAGCUCUGAUGAGUAUCUCAAACAUUUGGGGAACCCAUCUCCUCCCAAAAUAAAACAGUACGACCAUUUACUCAGCACUCCUCCACCUCCAGAAAUAACAAGGAUACCAGAUGAUGUACUACAGAUUCUGUCAAAGUAUAACCAUAAAGUAGACUCUUCUAUAUCUAAGAAAAUGGAGACUAAGGCAGGAGAUGCUGCAAGAUUUGGAAGUGAUUUCAGUGAUUACUGCAACAAAGAGAACAGAGGAUAUCCUGAUUUUUUCAAGUCGGACAUUUGAAAUCAAGCUGAAGACUAUUUCACAUUCAUGGAUCUUAUCACUGAACCGUAGAGAGUUCAAAAAGCAAAAAGAAAUACUGGGAGGAAGGACCCACAAAAGGAAAAUCUCUUUUUUUUUUUUUUUUUUCUUUCUGGAGAAAACUUGAUGUGUAUUAACUUGCUUGAACUAACAAUUUUGUGGUUUAAUUUUUUAAUUAAAAUUAGUAGCAAAAUA